AUCUCACUCCCCACUCUGCCCACGAGCACGGAGACCAUCGGCACGCCGUAGCGCCCGAAUCGCCUGCUGCACGAAUGACUCCCAGGCUCCAUGGAGUUAAGCUUUGUUCAGGGAAGGCGCUGCGCCUCAAGCCUCCGUUUCGAAGUAGAGUAUGCCAGACCAACGGCGUCAAUCACAGCCCAUGUAGUUCGGUGCUUCGGGGGUAUCGCGGGCUGCGCCGCACUCUUUGAAGCAUGUGAAGAGGAAGUAUAAAGGUAGCGUAUUGUCCCUUCUCCAGCCAUCAUCAACUCAGCUUUCAAGCUUCUCUGCAUCCAUCAUCCAUCCUCAACCCACCAAUUCCAAUCUUCUAAACCCUUAACUUUCCAACUCCCCGCCUACCCCAAUCCUACCGCUUUCGACAACCAUCCCAGUCACUGCAAAAAUGGCCUACCAAACCUCCUUCCUCGCUGCCACCAAAGCCCGCCGCUCCAUCUACACCCUCACAAAAGACAGCCCCAUCCCUGCCUCCCGCAUUGAAAACAUCAUCGGCCACGCCAUCCAAUACGCGCCCUCCCCCUUCAAUGUGCGCAGCACGCGCGUCGUGAUCCUCUUCGGCGACUCCCACACGAAACUGUGGGAGUUCGGCCUCAAGCAUGUCGAAGAGAACACGCCGCAUGCGCUCGGGUUCCUAGCGCCCAAAAUCAAGGGCUUCAGCGAUGCCUACGGGACGUGUCUGUUCUUUGACGACUCGAGCUCGGUGGACGAACUGAGCCCCCGUUUCGCUGCCCUGUCGAAGCAGUAUCCGGAGUGGGCAGAGCAUUCGAUGGGAAUGCAUCAGUUUGUUGCCUGGACUGCCCUUGAAGCUGAAGGCCUGGGCUGCAACCUGCAGCACUACAACCCCGGCGUCAAUGCCGCGGUUGCUAAGGAGUGGAACAUCCCUGAGACAUGGCAGCUGAAGGCCCAGCUGGUGUUUGGCGGGAUCAAGGCGGAUGCGCCGCCGCUGGAGGACAAGCCGAAGAGGCCGCUGGAGGAGUGUGUGAAGGUGUUUGGGGCUUAAGCGUGAGACGGGGAAUGGAUUAGUGGUAGCGUUGAGAAGGAGACUCACUUUCAUAUGCUGAGCUUUUGAGAGCGAUUCACGGUGGACUUCGAAGAUAUCAAUAGCAUUCGAUCUGGAUCCAUCUAUUUCCUACUUCGUUUUACUCUCCAUAGCUCAACCAUAUUUGCUAGUACCGUGAUACACAUUUCACAAUCUAUGCAUGAGUUGUAUUGACC